GUUGUUCCAUUCAAGUCUCGGCCUUACAUGUACUUAGAUUAAGGAAGUACAUAAGAUAAAAUUUCACAUUCGAUCCAAAAUAGCCGAUUUUCUGUUAGAUUUGGAAUACGGGUGCAAGACACUUUUUGGAGUAGUUUUGCAUAAGGUAUCCACUCCCCAAAUUUCAAAUUCCAAAGCUUGUUAGACAGCCUUUACUUUUUUUCCUUUAUCUGAUAACGCAUGGUAUAUACUAAGCUAAUUACACUGUAGGGGUUUGGUAUUUAUUGCUUUAAACAUUCCAACACUUGCAACCUUAACACAUAUAAAGAAGCACAGACGUAGUGUAUUCCACAUCACAACCUCAAAGGUAACUACAGCCUAUCUCCACCAUAUUCUACAAAAAGAAGUUGAAGACUUUCACCGUAACAGGAUGGCAUUGGCUCUUCGCUCGUUGUUCCUCCUUUGCGGCUUGACCGGACUGCUGACAGGAGUCGGGUCUUUCCCUUCGAGGUUUUUCAACGAUGUGAGCUGUCCUGAAGGAUGGACACAGGUGGACCUCAAGUGUUACAUCUUGGAAGACGACGCUAGGAUGUUUCAAGAUGCAGAGGCCGUCUGCAACAUUCUGGGUGGCAAUAUGGUCUCCAUCUCUAAUGACUUGGAGAAUAUAGUUGUUGGAGCUAUAGGUGAAAAUGGGGUUUCUGGUGCUACUAUGUGGAUUGGACUUUUUGACAACAUCAAGGAAGGAACCUACUUUUGGACUGACGGCACAAAUAAUGACUUCUCUAGUUUUCGUACUGGGGAGCCUAAUAGUGCAGUUGGUGACUGUGUAGAGAUAGAAACAUCAACUGGAGAAUGGGCAACUGUACCUUGCACGACUGAACAUCGCUUUGUUUGCAACAGAGAUGCGGGCCACUAAGUCAUUCUUCUUACAAGCCUGUCUUCUGUCACAACUGAGUUCCUUGAUCAUGAUGACUCAGUGACACAAUAUCAGCCGUUGUGCUUUAGGGUUCACUAUAAACUUUGCUUUUCUUGUAAGAAGCUCAAUUGUUCUUGAAAAGAGUAACAAUGU